ACCAGGAAUGGUCAAGUUCAGGGGCGGACUGACCAUUUGGAAACUCAGGCACUGCCCGAGGGCCCGGGGUCAGUAGGGGGCCCCCUGGUACCUUUUUCAUAGGCUUUUUUGAGCUUGGGAAAGGACGCAGGGGCCCCAUGAUCCCCUAUUGCCCAAGGGCCCCAUGAGUUGUCAGUCCGUCCCUGCCCUGAAAGUAAAUGAAAAUCCCAAAUUUUGGGUUGUUCCCAGAGCAGGAAGAGAGGGGAAAUCUUUCAAUGGGGACAGUUCUGGUGGCCAGGGGGUCCCCAAAGAAUUCCCUUAAUUUUCAGGGAUUUCCUCUCACUUCCUAUAUUGGCUAUGGGACAGAAAGUGAAGAGAAAUCUCCCAAAUGUGAC